AUGCCACGCUACGCCAUACUCGGCGCCACAGGCCGUACCGGCCAGGCAUUGCUUUCCGCCCUCCUCUCACGCCCACAGGCUCAGAUCCACGCCUUCUGCCGCAACAAGCGAAAGCUGGCGGAUGCCUUCCCCGAUCUUGACAGCAUGAAGCAGAUGACGGUAUUCGAAGGCAGUAUCACGGACACGGAUAUCGUGGCCACGUGCGUACAAGCAUGCCAGGUCAUAUUCCUGGUUGUCUCGACGAAUGACAACAUCCCCGGGUGCAGAAUGAGCCAGGACACGGUUCUCGCUGUGCUUGCGGCCCUUGAGGGGCAAAAGAAGCGAGGUUCAACCAUCUCACCCAAGCUAGUGCUCCUUUCAUCCUGCACGGUUGACGAACACCUGUCACGUCAUACGCCCUGGCUCCUUCGGCAGAUUCUCCUGUUGUCGGCGUCUCAGGUCUAUCAUGACCUGAUGGAAGCAGAAAAAUUGUUGCGCGCGCAAGAGAGCUGGCUUACAACCAUCUACAUGAAGCCCGGCGCAUUGGCGGUCGACAAGGCGCGAGGCUACGCCUUGAGUUUUACCGACGAGGACAGUCCAGUCACAUAUGAAGACCUGGCAGGCGCCAUGAUUGAGGCGGCCGAGGACGAGGGCGGAGUGUACGAUGGCAGGAACGUGAGUGUGGUCAACACGAAUGGAAAGCCGGCGUUCCCAAAGGGCACGCCGCUGUGCAUUGUGGUUGGAUUGAUGAGGCAUUUCUUCCCUGUUCUGCAUCCAUACCUCCCUACAGGACUUGGACCAUGA